AUGGUUUCCACCACCAAGAUCAAGUCCGUUGAUUUCUACAGGAAAAUCCCAAGAGAUUUGACAGAGGCAUCUCUCUCUGGUGCUGGACUAUCAAUUGUAGCUGCAAUGGCUAUGUUGUUUUUGUUUGGAAUGGAGCUGAGUAAUUAUAUAGCAGUUAGUACUACCACAUCUGUAAUAGUUGACAAAAGCUCUGAUGGGGACUUCGUACACAUUGAUUUCAACAUCAGCUUUCCUGCCCUCUCAUGUGAAUUUGCAUCGGUUGAUGUGAGCGACGUGUUGGGAACUAAACCAUCUUGGGAGAAAGCAGCUGAGAUAACAAGACAGGUAUAUGAUCCUGAAACUGAUGGACGUGUUCUUCUUGGAAGUGUUGAUUGCACAGAAGAACCUACUCUAUGUAAGAGGAGUCAUAUACAAGGCUACCCGACUAUUCGAAUUUUCCGCAGAGGCAAUGAUCUAAAGGAGGAUCAUGGACACCAUGAACAUGAAUCUUACUAUGGUGAUCGGGACACGGAGAGUUUACUCAAGAUGGUGGAAGGAUUGCUGAAACCUAUUAAAAAGGAGGAUCAUAAGUUAGCUUUGGAUGGUAAAACUGAUAAUGCAGCUUCAAGAAUUAAAAAGGCAACAGUUAGUGGAGGUUGUCGAAUUGAAGGCUAUAUCCAAGCGAAGAAGGUUCCUGGAGAUCUUACAAUCUCAGCUCAUUCAGAAGUUCAUUCAUUUGAUGCUUCUCAAAUGAACAUGUCGCAUUUUGUUACGCAUCUCACAUUUGGUAGAGUGAUUUCAGAAAAGUUGUGGACAGAUAUGAAAUUAUUAUUUGCUUAUAUCGGCGGUAGCCAUGACAGGCUAAAUGGAAAAUGGUUCUUAAACCGUGGACAGUUUGCUGCUAAUGUUACCAUCGAACACUAUCUUCAAGUAGUCAAAACAGAGGUCGUUUCAAGAAGAUUCGGUCAGGAACACUCAUUGAUUUCGGAAUAUGAAUAUACUGCACAUAGCAAUGUAGCUCACGGUUACUAUUAUCCCGUUGCAAAGUUUCACUAUGAGCUCUCUCCUAUGCAGAUCUUAAUAAGCGAGAAUCCAAGAUCGUUCUCACAUUUCAUCACAAAUGUUUGCGCCAUAAUCGGUGGCGUUUUCACGGUCGCGGGGAUACUAGAUUCGAUAUUUCAAAACACAGUCAGAAUGGUGAAAAAGAUCGAACUCGGGAAAAAUAUUUGA